AUGUCGGGCUGUUGCCAGGGGACUGAUGAAGCGCCGACGGGCCGGCUCCGCCGACGCCGUUCGAGUCAAGGUCAGCCCAGCGGUCUGGAUCGUAUGCGGCAGCGGAUUGAGCGUGUCCGAUCUUUGCUUCCGGCAGAUCUGCAUCAGUUUGUGCUGCCCGGCUGUGUCAGCUCCGUGAGUCGGUCUUCGCUGGCCAGCGGCUGGACGGGCGGUCAGUUGACAACGGAACGAGGUGCUGGCUGGCCGAAGAGACUGCGCAACGGCCUUCUCUGCGGCGAGGAGGAUGGUGAAAAAGGUCAAGUCAGGCGAAUACCUUCUCCAGAGGCCAGCAACCCUCUGGACGCUCGCCUCUUCCUCUCGAUCUCACGUCGCUUCCGUCGAUCACGAGACGGCUGUCAUUGGCGACGGCAUCUGAUGACGGCGCUCAGUGAUCCUGAAUUGAACUUGAAAUGCACUCUGCUCUCUCUGGAACCCUGGAACUCAUCUGGCCUCACUCGAAUAUGA